GCCCGCCGCCCGCCCGCCCGCUCUCCGCCGCCGCCGCCAUGCUGCCCUCCGCGCUGCUCCGCCGCCCUGGCCUGGGCCGCCUCGUGCGCCAGGCCCGCGCUUACGCCGAGGCCGCUGCCGCCCCGGCCCCCGCCGCCGGCCCGGGGCAGAUGUCCUUCACUUUCGCCUCGCCAACGCAGGUGUUCUUCAAUGGCGCCCAUGUUCGCCAGGUGGACGUGCCUACGCAGACAGGAGCCUUCGGCAUCCUGGCAUCCCACGUGCCCACACUGCAGGUCCUGCGGCCAGGGCUGGUCGUUGUCCAUGCAGAGGAUGGCACCACCACCAAGUACUUUGUGAGCAGUGGCUCUGUCACGGUGAACGCUGACUCUUCGGUGCAGUUACUGGCUGAGGAGGCUGUGACACUGGACAUGCUGGAUCUGGGAGCAGCCAAGGCAAACUUGGAGAAGGCGCAGGCGGAGCUGUCAGGGGCUGCAGAUGGGGCCCAGCGGGCGGAGAUCCAGAUUCGCAUCGAGGCUGGCGAGGCCCUGGUGAAGGCCCUUGAGUAGUGGUGUGUGCCCCUGGGUGCAGCCUGACAGCUGCCCACCAUUCUCAGCCCAUCAGAGCCAGAUGCUGAGACCUUGCUCUCCUGACCACCACAGCAGGACAAGUGCCGCCACCUAUACCCCCAUUAAAAACCAGGAACCCA